GUGAUUUCCGGGCUUUGUGAUGUGGAUUACUUUUACCAAAUCUGCUUUGGCAGUGCUUACCUAAGAGUGUCUGAAGCACUUUUAAACUAUCACUGGACAUCAGCGGUGUUGUAUAUGUGCACUUUACUGUUUACAGGUGUUGAAGUUAAAGCUGGGCAGCCUCUUAAAGUUAAGCCUGAAGAAGGAAGUAUUAUACAUAUUUCUCAGGCUGCCCUGGGUGAGGUGAAGAAGGAAAAAGGAAAUGAUUCUGUUCAUCUUCACUUGAAAAUAAAUGGGGAGAAGUUAGUUGUGGGAACACUUUCUGCCGAGAAAUUCCCUCAGAUAACCUUUGACUUGGUUUUUGAGAAGGAAUUUGAGCUGUCACAUGAGUGGAAAAAUGGAAGUGUUUACUUCUGUGGAUAUUCAACUGAUAAUGCUUUUGGAUAUCCUUUUUACUCCUUCACAAAGAUUGUGAACAAUUCCCUGGCUAUUAAUGCUACUUUGUUUGAAUUCCUCUGUUUCCUUGACCAUUGGUUUCUCCCUCCACGGAUGAUGAAGAUGAUUUUGGUGGGUCUUACAUCCUUGUACAAGUCAUUAGGUGUCAUUCUAACAGCUAAAGAUUCUCACCUGUUUUUUGCCAUAAUUAUGAUUUUAGGUUCAGAAGAGUCCGACGACGAAGAAGAUAUUCCUUUAAGCAUCGCUAAUAAUGGUAAAGUUGAGCCUAAAGUUGAAGAGGCCAAGCUUGUGGCUGGGAAGGGCAAGGCUGCCAAACCUGAAUCUUCUGCUGAGCCAAAGAAGGCUACUGCAGAGCCAAAAGAAGAGGAUGAGUCUGAUGAAGAUGAUGAAUCAGAUGACGAAGACGGUUCUGAUGAGUUUUGGUGA